AGACGUAACGCGCGCGCAGUGGAGAGUGGAGACUGGAGAGGCGACAAAAGAGAGAUAACCGUCUUUGCCAUCAUGAGAUCGUCACAUUUCUUGGUUUCAGGCUACUCUCAAAACCAGCUUUCUUCACUCUCAAGCCAUUUUUGCCAAAAGUAGGGUUUCCGAAGCUCGCAGGCAGCCUAGAUCGCUCUCCUCCAGUGCUUCAACAGCAAAUUCUAUAUGGUCUGUAGCCAUGAUUCCCAUGAAGGCAGGAAAAUCUACUUUGAAUCCACAUGCUGAAGCUUAUGUACCACUCUCCAAAAGAGUGUUACCCACUAAAGACAGUGCUAAGUCUCCAGGGAUAGAGAAUAAAGACGGAAAUGAAGCUGGCUUGCUGCCGACUGGAGUUACACCAACUCAAUAUCAGCAGCAGUUUGCCCAAAGGACUGAACAAUAUUACAUGCAGCACUCUCCUAGUGAUGACUUUUAUGGGUCAUCAUCUCAGGGUCAACAUGAGUUUACAGAUACAGAGGUUUUGGAUAUGGAAUUUGACAUUGACAUGCAAUACCUUCGGAGAACUUUUCGUGAUAUAUCCGAGGAAUCACUUUCUCAAGUCUAUUUAGUAAACAAGUGUGACCUGGAAGAAACUGUUGACAUGCUAAAUCAACUUGAGGUUGUUCUGAAAAGCUUCCUGAUUGUCUGGACAUUGGUGAUGAAUCGGAACCUGGCCCUUCUUCGGGUGAAGCUUAUAGUCAGAAACUGAAGAAGGUGAGUGAUGAAAGCAGCAGCACAGUUGCUUCGUCAUCAGGCUCGUCAUGCUCGGAGCCUGUGAGUUAAAUGUUUGUUUGGUUUGGAGAUGGAAGUGUGAAUUUGAUCAUCAAAGGUUUUUAGUUGAGAGGUGUGAGCAGUGAUGUUUCAGCCCCCCAUGUUGUAUAGCACAAUACUGCUUUGUACUUUUGGUUUUAAUUCUGAUCUCAAAGUGGUCUUUGCUUUAUAGAGCUGAGAGAUAUGCACAUUCAAAUAUCUGAAUGAUAUAGCCCUGAAUUUGGGGAUAAAACACUAGUUUGAUUUUGCCCAUUCA